AUGCCUCAUAAGACCGAUGGAGGUGGCGCUAGCACCGAGGGGACAGCGGCUGACACACAGAAUUGCCAAACUGGGGACGUUCACACGGCCGCAAGUUGGUAUGGCUGUCUAGACUGUGUUGGUAUGGUGGAGAUGGGCCGAUGGGCGCCUGACAACCAGUCCUGCUGCACUCAGUCCCCAGCAGGUGACCGGGUGAUCAGACGACGUCGUUGUCACCGUCGCGUCGACCAGUCAGGAGGCCUGCAGCCCUCCUCAUAG